GUGCAUCGCAACGUAUACAUGGAGUUGUAGUUUUUCUCUCUGUCGAUCCAAGCGCUUCAUGGCGCUAUAGAACUACAAGUCCCGUGAACCUCCGCGCGGCCUGAGCCUGCCUGCUCCAGGAAGAUGGCGGCUCCUUUGGUGCUGGUAGUGCUGGUGUCAGUGACUAUAAGGGCUAUUUUGUUUCGGUCCAGCUUGGCAGGGUUUAUCUCUGAACGGGUGGAGGUCGUAUCUCCGUUGAACUCAUGGAAGAGAGGUAAAUGGGGCUGGUCUGGGCUAUAAGUGAGCUGCAUAGGGCUCAUGUAAUGUGUCUGAUAUAGGGGAUAGAGCAUGGUAUUGAAUGGGAGUGGUGGUGGUGUCUGUGGCAAGGUGCUGUGUGCAAUUAACCUGGGGGAUCUGGGGAUCAAAAUAUAUGUAUGUGUGCAUAAAAUAUAUAUAUAUAUAUAUAUAUAUAUAUAUAUAUAUAUAUAUAUAUAAUAGGGGGGGAAAAGAGAAAGUGGAAAAAUAAGUAACAUAUAAAAAAAGAAAAUGUAACACUAAAUUAAGAAAAUAAACCUAUAUAUUGGGAAAGAAUAUAUAUAUAUAUAUAUAUAUAUAUAUAUAUAUAUAUAUAUAUAUAUAUAUAUAUAUAUAUAUAUAUAUAUCUCCAGAUAGAUGUAAGGGAGCACCUAGGUCUUCAAUAUAUAGGGAGGGGGGAAGGUAUUUAUUGUAUUUCAAGAAUACAUCAACUGUGCAAAAAAAAUCAACGUUUCGACCCUCCUGGGGUCUUUAUCAAGAUCACAGAAAACAGUGAGUGAUGACUAAAUAGAAGAGUAAAGCAUGGAUUUGGAGGCAAUAAUGCCAUUGAAGUAUUCGGGUAACAUAAUAAUAAACAUUGGGACUUGAACGCAUUAUUUUCCCCUAAAUUACACUUCGCUUUUGUUUAUAUUUUAUAUCACAGUUUUUUUUUUGUUGUUUUUUUUUAUAGGGUUAUAGACAGUUUUUGUGUUAGGGCUUACCUACAGAGAGAAAGGACCGCACAAGAUCAUAUGUAUCCCAGACUACCGGAGAUUAGUGGAAGCGUUAAUUCAGUUUGGGAGAGGGGCUAAGAGGUGGCAGCAACAUAUAGCCGCCUGAGAAUGUAACUUUCAUCUGGGUGAAUGGUUUAUGAAUGUCUCAGAAAUCCUAGUGUUACUUUACCCUAUUUUCACACUUUAGUGUUGUGUGUCUUCUAUUCCAUUUUGUGCAGCAUUGGGACUUGUCCUGGAUAGACUUUAGACAAAUCCCUUUUGAAAGAAUGAAAUGCCUGUUAAACGAUGGAUGGAUGAAUUAAAGGAACACUAUAGUCACCUAAAUUACUUUAGCUAAAUAAAGCAGUUUUAGUGUAUAGAUCAUUCAACUGCAAUUUCACUGCUUAACCCCUUCAGACCGUAGGGCGUACAAUUACGCCCUAUUUUGUACGCCCUCCAUUUUUUUCUUACUUACCCGGGAGCCCCCCCGCGGCAGAUCCUCCUUCUCCGGUGCCCCCUGGCCAUGUGAGAGUAAGGUCCUUGCGAGGACCUCACAAUCACAUGGCCUUGAUAGCUGGCUUCUGUAUUGCUAGCAGGGGGGCUGCCUGUAAUGACAGGUGGCCCCCCUGCUGGCUGGAAAUAAAAAUUAAAUUAAAUUUAUAAGGGUAAAAAAAAAAAAAAAAAUUUAUACUUAGAUUUUAUAUAUAUAUAUAUAUAUAUAUAUAUACAUAUAUAUAUAUAUAUCUCAAAAUCAAAUUACACAGACUGAUACUGAUUAAAUAUAUAUAUAUAUAUAAUUAUUGUUAUAUAUAUUUAUAUAUAAUAUAAAAAAAUUAAAUAUGUAAAUACGUUAAAAAAUAAAAUAAAAAAUAAUAAAAUAUAUAGAUGUGUUAUUUUGUUCUAACUGUAUUGUGAUAUUAUAUAUAUAUAUAUCUAUAUCUAUAUAUAUAUCUAUAUCUCAAAAUACAAGUAGAACGAAAUAAUAUAUAUCUACAUACAUAAAUAUAUACGUCUCUCUCUCUCUCUCUCUCUCUCUCUCUCUCUCUCUCUCUCUCUCUCUCUCUCUCUCUCUCUCUCUCUCUCUCUCUCUCUCUCUCUCUCUCUCUCUGUAAUAUUUUUACAUAAUUAGGUAUCUUAAUUAAUUACAAUUAGCGGGACCUGCCUGACAACCCAUGCCGAAAGUAAAGGGAAUUUAAUUUGCUAGCACUAUAUUUAACCCUAUAACGUUCCAAGACACCAUAAAACCUGUACAUGGGGGGUACUGUUCUACUCGGGAGACUUCGCUGAACACAAAUAUUAGUGUUUCAAAACAGUAAAAUGUAUUACAACGAUGAUAUCGCCAGUAAAAGUGAAGUUUUUGCAUUUUUCACGCACAAACAGCACUUACACGGACGAUAUUAUUGCUGCGAUACUUUUUACUAUUUUGAAACACAAAUAUUUGUGUUCAGCAAGUCUCCAGUACAACAGUACCCCUCAUGUAAAAAGGUUUUAUGGUGUUUUCAAAAGUUACAGCGUCAAAUAUAAGGCUUGUGUUUCAUUUUUUUCACAUUAAAAUUCGCCAGAUUGGUUACGUUGCCUUUGAGAUCCUAUGGUAGCCCAAGAAUGAAAAUUACCCCUAUGAUGGCAUGCCAUUUGCAAUAGUAGACAACCCAAGGUAUUGCAAACGGGGUAUGUCCAGUCUUUUUUAGUAGCCACUUAGUCACAAACACUGGCCAAAAUUGGCGUUUUUUUGCAUUUUUCACACAAACAAAUACUAAUGCUAACUUUGGCCAGUGUUUGUGACCAAAUGGCUACUAAAAAACACUGGACAUACCCCAUUUGCAAUACCUUGGGUUGUCUACUAUUGCAAAUGGUAUGCCAUUAUGGGUGUAAAUUUCAUUCCUGGGCUAUCAUAAAGUCCCAAAGGCAACGUAACCAAUCUGGCGAAUUUCAAUUUCAAAUGUAACGUGCUAUAUUUGACCCUGUAACUUCCCAAAACGCCAUAAAACCUGUUAAUGGGGGGUACUGUUUUACACGUGAGUCUUUGCUGAAUACAAAUAUGUGUAUUUUAUUGCAGUAAAAGCAAACCGUAUUAUGACAUUGACAGUUAAAAUGUCAUGUAGAACUAAAAAAAUUUAAAAAAUUCUUAUUUUCUCCCAUUUUUUUCAUAUAAAAUUAUGUUUCAUAGCUAAAUAUUUGAUAUUAAAUGAAAGCCAUGUUUCCCCUGAAUAAAAUGAUAUAUAAUAAGGGUGGGUGCAUUUAAUAUGAAAAAGGUGAAUUACGGUUGGACAGACAUGUAGCGCAAAUGUCAGGUUUUGUUUACAUUUUGUUUCAUUCACAACGUGUACAUUUGGCUCAGUUCUUAAGGGGUUAAUUCACUGUCGUUUAGGAGUUAAAUCACUUUGUUUCUGUUUAUGCAGCCCUAGCCACACCUCCCCUGGCCAUGAUUGACAGAGCCUGCAUGGAAAAAAAAAUGGUUUCACUUUCAAACAGAUGUAAUUUUCCUUUAAAUAAUUGUAUCUCAAUCUCUAAAUUGAACUUUAAUUACAUACAGGAGACUCUUGCAGGGUUUAGAAAGCUAUCAGCAUAGCAGGGGAUAAGAAAAUGUUAAACAGAACUUGCAAUAAAGAAAGCCUAAAUAGGGCUCUCUUUACAGGAAGUGUUUAUGGAAGGCUGUGCAAGUCACAUGCAGGGAGGUGUGACUACGGUUCAUAAACAAAGGGAUUUAACUCCUAAAUGGCAGAGGAUUGAGCAGUGAGGCUGCAGGGGCAUGUUCUAGACACCAAAACUGCUUCAUUAAGCUAAAGUUGUUCAGGUGACUAUAGUGUCCCUUUAAUUGAUAUUGUGUGCUGUGAUUUUUUUAAAAUUUUUUUUAUAUAUAUAUAUAUAUAUAUAUAUAUAUAUAUAUAUAUAUACUUAUCGGAUAAGUGACUGGUUAUUGUACAUCCACCUAAUGUGCCCAAUACACAAGAUCUACAAAAUCUGUCUUUUUCUUAGAUUGAAAAUAAGCUCAGGUUUAGAAUGGGAUAAAGCAAAUUCCCAAAAACAUUUUUUUUUUUUUACUUUUUACACUAGAGAGAGAAUAUUUAAAGGAAAAAUCUGAGUCCUAACCAACUGCAGUGCUUAUGGUGCCAGGAAUGCCCUUGCACCACCCCAGCAUGAUCUGACAAACCAUUUUGGCAUAGGUUGACACUUACCAUGGUUUCACUGUUAGCCUAUUCUGUGUCUGGUCUAAUUCGAGCUUGAGAAGCGAAAUGUCAGGUUGUGCACUACACAUACUUAUUGUUCUCAUUCAGUGCACCUGAUUAAGACCGCAGGCGACCAGGAAAACCAUGAUAAAACCGUACUGACAGAUUACACUGGGAAAGCAUUGCUGUUUCUCAUGGAUAAUGCAGCAAGGAUAUUGCUGUGUUUUUUGUUUUUGUUUUUUAUUUAAUUAUUAAAGGAAAUUUUGAAAGGAUAUUUAAUUUUUAAACACUAGAACAUUUGGAAUAUAAAUAAGUAUUCCUAACGCUAUAGUGCCCUAGUUACCGUUUAGAUGGCCAGGCCAAAGCUGCCAGGGUGUAAAAAAAUAUUUUUAAAAUUUUUUCUCCCUCCUCAGGGAAGCUCCGCCACGUUGGCUGCGAUCACUGUGGAAAGCAUUGGGAGGCUAGUGUGCAUGCGCAGCCAAACUCCUCACUGCACAAAUCAUCUAUUAAAAAAGCGGUGUUUUAUUCGACUAUUUCAUUGAGGCACCUUUUGUGGCAAAUUAAUCCUGCAAUAAAAGCAUUGCCAUUCCUGCAAAAUGUCAAAGUUUUCAGUCGCAUUGUAAAACUGGGUGGGGAGAUGCCUAUAGUGUACCUGCUUGUCCAAACCAGCAACCUAUUAUAACAUUUAAAAAAAAGAUCUUUAGUGUAGUGGGUGAAGGAGUGAAGGUGCUGGGGAGGCCUGUGCAACAUAUGAUUUAUUUUUGUCUAUGUGUUCAUUCAGAAGAGCAUCAGCAGCACUGUUCACGCUUAGAACAGAAAGGACAUAAUAGAGGGAGAGGUGGGGAUAGGAGUCAUUGAGGUUUCCUUUGGGCUCAAGCCCAAUGUGAUUCUAAAACUUGGCCCAUAGUCUCUUCUAUUCAUUUGCAAUAUGUGCAAAUAAUGAAUUAGAUUGUGAUGGCAUUUGCUAAAUCCUGCAUAUAAUUUUAGAAAGAAAAUGGAACAUCAAAUGAAAUAGUGUAGUUUCUGGAGAAGUGGGAGUUCCCUUUUAAACAGUAUUUAUGUUGCAACAGAGAUUACACUGUGCUGGUUUAUGGUGAAUUAUUCUUCUCAAUAAAACACGCAGUCAUAAUCUUACAGUUCUACAAAUUCUUAAAGGAACAUUAUAGUCACCUAAAUUACUUUAGCUAAAUAAAGCAGUGUUAGUGUAUAGAUCAUUCCCCUGCAAUGUCACUGCUCAAUUCACUAUCAUUUAGGAGUUAAAUCACUUUGUUUCUGUUUAUGCAGCCCUAGCCACACCUCCCCUGGCUAUGAUUGACAGAGCCUGCAUGGGGAAAAAAAAAAAAAAACUGGUUUCACUUUCAAACAGAUGUAAUUUACCUUAAAUAAUUGUCUCUCAAUCUCUAAAUUGAACUUUAAUCACAUACAGGAGGCUCUUGCAGGGUCUAGCAAGCUAUUAACAUAGCAGGGGAUAAGAAAAUCUUAAUUAAACAGAACUUGCAAUAAAGAAAGCCUAAAUAGGGCUCUCUUUACAGGAAGUGUUUAUGGAAGGCUGUGCAAGUCACAUGCAGGGAGGUGUGACUAGGGUUCAUAAACAAAGGGAUUUAACUCCUAAAUGGCAGAGGAUUGAGCAGUGAGGCUGCAGGGGCAUGUUCUAUACACCAAAACUGCUUCAUUAAGCUAAAGUUGUUCAGGUGACUAUAGUAUCCCUUUAACUUUUGCUGCUUUCAGAAAGAAAUUCUGAAUAGGUCCCCAUAUUUUUUGCGUUGGUAUGUAUAUAAAAUUGUUGGCGUUUGAUGGCAUGUAUGUCACCUUUCGGGUUUGUUUCUGCACGAAGGAAUUUUGGAUAUUUACUAUUGAACCCGUCCUUGAGGAUUGCAACAAUACAAUUUAGCUUACCCUGUUUUUGUUUCUUGCAGUGGUAGAAGGUAUGUCACUUUUGGACCUCGGAGUGUCCCCUUACUCUGGAGAUGUCUUUCACGAAGUAAGUAACAUCUAUUAGGAGAAUAUGUACUCAUGGUUCUUUAUAAAUAAUAAAUACAUAUAUUAUUUAGUUCCCACAACCAUAAUGUACCAUAGUGGGUAUAGUAUUUUGAUAUAUGAAGAUUUUUGUUGUUGUUAUUUUUCGAUAUUGUAAUAUUUUAAGGAGGAAAGAAAUCAAUUGAAAUAUUAAAUCAUUUGGAAAGCUUAUCCAACAACAAUAAAUUGAGGUCAUAGUGCUUGACAAAUUUCCAUAGAAUGCAGGACCAAAUUUAGGAUCCAGAGAAUACCUUAUUUGUCUUUAAAUCUCCCACAUUUUAUUAAUUUAAGAUGGCGCCUAUGGAGACCAACUCCUUAGCUUCCUCGUAUGAGGACAGCCUAACUCCCACAAGGCUUAGCUGUUCUCGGUUACGUGCAGACACACAGUGGAUCAUUGCUCUAGGGGAUACUGCUCCAUCAUCCAAAGCGGAUAUGAAGGCCUUAUUUGGGAGGAGGUGGCCAUUUUCAGUAGUUGUAUAGUUGCUGUGGAGGAGGACCGGAGGAGUACUAAAAUGCUCAGAAAGCUACUGAUAGAGCCCUCGUGUGAGGAACUAACUCUGCUGGGUUUGGAACCCUGGUUUCCAUGCUGAUGAUCCUCUUCCUUACCGGUUCACCAGCCUGCCUUUUGCAGAUGUACCGGAGAUCUGAUAACCUUGACUCUACAAGCAAUGAUAUUAGUGCCAGCUCUCUUCAGCGGUGUCUGGUUCUUGGGCUAUUUAAGCCACUUCCUGUCUCUGUACCUUUGCCAGAUUGUGGUUUCUGUACGCUAUAAUCAAGCUUGUUCCUGUUUCUUCUACCUGUUGCUGAAUUUGGACCGUUUGACUUUGCUGCUUCUCCUUCCCACUGACCUCGAAUUGCCUUACUACGAUUACCAUCUUACUGUUCCAGUCUCUCAUCUCUGCUUAAGACCAGAUGGCCACUCAAAGCUCAGGGGCUCGAUAUUCUGGGUAACGAGUGGCUACUUCUGGCAGAAAACAUUGCUGAUCUGGCUGCUGGACUCCAAACCUUUGUAACAUCAAUAUCAUUACACCUCGACUUCAAAAAAAAACAAAAAAACAACCACUUUGCAGACUUGAUAAUCUGCAUGACCAACAUGGAGGACACCGCCAAAGCCAGGAAACGUCUAAGGGGGGUCCCUUAUUCCUUUACCAAUGAGGAACUAUGUCGUUAUGUCCGACGGCUCCACUCUACUUUACUGUCAAAUAAGCGGGUUAAACAGACAUUGCUCGACCAUUGCUUCCCAGGGUUGCAAAAGCAUCCCAAGAGCCUUCAAGAGAUGCCUUAAUAAAGUUUCUGCAGAGCUCUGUUAGAGGAACCCUUAUGGGGGCAACCAGGCGAUCUCCCUCCGUGACCUUUUUAGGAAGUUGCCUUGCCUUUUAUCAGGAUUUAUACUAACAUAGUAUCUUAUGGCGUCAGUCACUCCGGCGGGUUACUCAAUUGCUAAGAGAACAUAAGAUCUCCUAUAAGCAGGAUCCACACGGACUCCCAGUGGACAAAUGUGGCAAGAAUUAUCCUAUAACUCACCUAACUGAGGUACAUACCUUACUCCAGUAGUUGGGUCUACCAGCAGGGUCCAUGCCAGUGGGAAUCACCUUACGUGGUCCGUGGACAAAAUCACACCGGUUGUGCCAAAAAGCCAGUGAACUGCCAUCCUGAGCAGCGAUUACGGUACUUCUUUUUAGCUGUCAUUUUGUCUUUAGUUUUUCUGCCAUAUAUGUUUUUAGUCUGUCUAUUGAUCUGACACCGUAAGCAGAUAUUAAAUAAAUGUUAUACUACUUGUUUCCCUCCACCCCUUCUAGACAUACCUUUAGGCACUUAAAGCGGCACGGUCAUGCCGAAAUUACCUUUCCUCAAUCUCUUCCUCUUCUCCCCCUCUCUCAGGAUCUGUUCUUCUUUUCUUCCUGUCUUCUUUAGUUUUCUUUAAAAUCAUAAGACAAAGCUCUGACCAGCAGAGGAGCAAAGUGUGCUUCAUUUCCGCUGGUCAGAGAAAUUUUCCCAUAAUUCUUACCUUUCCUCUGUGUUCCCGUGAUGCUACCUGUCAUUUUACACAAAACCGCCGAAUUGCGUUCUAACUGAAUGAGAACAGUAUGUUCGUUUCUUUUAGAACUCAAUUCGGCACUUUGUUCGGAUCGCAAUUUAAUUUGAAUGAAUGAAACUCCGAUCCUAUUCUUGCUGUGGCUCCAUCUUGCAGCUGAUUAGUAGAUAACUCCCUAAUUCCCACGAUAUCAGGGAGCUAUCUACUAAAAGGCUGAAAGACCUAAAUUGGUCUUUCAGCCAAAUUUACUAAUACUAAGUAAAGAUUACUUAGUAUUAGUAAACUCAGCCCCUACUCGCUAUACCGCGAGUAGGGGCAUGUCUAGUAAACAGUGAGCAGCCUGUGGCUGCUCACUGUAAAAAAAAAAAAAAACGAAACAAAAAAAACUAUUGGCCCCCACCCCUAAACGACGGGUGGGGGCCCUAAAGUAAAAUAAGGGGGGAGACCUAUUGUCCCGUCCCCCCCCGGCCCCCACCCCUGCGCGGUGGGUGGGGGUCAUAAUGAUAAUGAGGGGGGGACCUAUUGUCCCCCCCCCACCCCUGGGCGGCGGGUGGGGACCAUAAAGAUAAUGAGUGGGGGGGGGGACCUACUGUCCUCGUCCCCCUGCCACCACCCCUGGGCGACGGGUGGGGGCCCUAUGUCAAAUUCGCCCCAUCAAAGGUGACUAAGGGUCCCCAAGCCCCUAGUCACCCACCCAAAUAAAAAGUCCCCUACCUACCCCCCUCACCCUAAAAAAACAAUAGGUCUCCCCACUUAUUUUACUUUAGGGCCCCCACCCGUCAUUAGUGUUUUUUUUUUGUUUUUACCGUGAGCAGCCUCAGGCUGCUCACUGUUUAGUGGACAUGCCCCUACUCGCGGUAUAGCGAGUAGGGGCAUUGGGGAGAUUUUAAUCUCCUUUAUGCUAUUAUGGGGGUCAUAUUGACCCCCAUAGAGUGAGGGGUACCUGGGGGGCUUAUGAAGUGGUGGGGUGCCCUGCUCCCUGCCGCUUUUAUCUUUACAUAUUACAAGGAAGGAGCUGCGUGCCGGUAGCUCCCUCCUUGUAAUAAACUGAACGAACAAACGAUCACUGAUGCACAGUGUUAGUUUGUUCGUCUGAUUUUUUUUUUUUUCUAUUCAUUCAUUCGUCUGUCUGAUGAAUGAAUAGAUAAAAUUCCCGUUCGCAUGUCCAGGUGUUUCACUGGGCAUGUGCGGGAAUCUCACAGUCUAUCUAGUGUGGGCAGAUGACAUGUCCCACAGGGACUUCAUCUACCCACACAAAGAUGGCGGCGCCCUGAAUAUAGAUCGGGGCAGAAAAUAAAGAUUAAAAAUAGGUAAUAUGGGGGCUUAGGGGCAUUUGGGGGUGACUAGGGGGUCAGUUAGAGAUAGUGGAGGCGGGAGGGGGGUUAAAAAAAAAAACAAAAAAACAGGAUUCAGCCAUGAUAGUGCCGCUUUAACCAUGCCAUGCUAGUUUCUAGUUAGCAGACUGCACACUACAUUUAGCUUUAUGCUUAAUACGAAAUAACUCUCACAUUGCAAAUCUUUCAUACCUACCUGUUCUCUCUCUGGAAUGCUGUUAUUGCUCAUGUGAUAAUUUGAUUGCAGUUUGUCUUUCACACCGUGAUGUGAGAAUAUAAAAAAAAAAACAAAAAAAAAACAAGAGCUUAGUGAAAGAAACUCUAUUGUACCAUGGAAUUUUAACUUGUUUUCUGUAUGUUCUAAGUAAUUUAUUUAUAUUCUUUUACAGACCCCACUCAUGAUAUAUCUCUUCCAUUUUCUUGUUGAUUACGCAGAGAUUGUGUUCAUGGUAAGUAUUUUUACAGCAGCUAUAUACAUACAAACUGUAAUUAGAAUGCCUAAAACACCUGAAACAAUUGUGUUCUUUUAAACAAAUGGUUAAAAUCUGCACCAACAUGUUUGGCCAAUCAGCACGUGGAGAUGUUGCCAGAAAGCACCUUUACUGGCCAACUGAGGAGUGGCUGCUGGAGGUGUCACUAGGCUUUAAUGCAAACACUACCUUUUCUCUGAAAAGGCAGUGUUUGAAUGAAAAUGCUUGCAGGUAAUGAUUAUACUACAUUAGACUGUAGUUGCUCUGGUGCCCAUAGUUUUCCUUUAACCCCUUAAGGACCAAACUUCUGGAAUAAAAGGGCAUCAUGACAUGUCACACAUGUCAUGUGUCCUUAAGGGGUUAAAUAAAUGUUGUGCUAUUAAAACAGUUGGCCCACAUUUCAGGCAAUUGUUGACACCAGUGAUAUUAUUUUAUAGUAUGUCAUUCCAUCAAAACAUUUAAAUGCAUUCACAAAACCGAUUUUCAUGGUUAUGAUAAUGAAUGACUUCUAAUAGUGUUUAUUUUCAUUGUGCGUGUCUGUUUCCAGAUAACAGAUGCUCUUACAGCUGUUGCACUUUACCUGGCUGUUCAAGAAUAUAAUAAAAUAACGGUAAGUUGGUUUAUUUUAUUUUCAUUUAUUUUUUUUUAUUUUUUUUAUCCAUUUUUGCUAUUGGGUCAGGCUCUCACAAGUAACUCAAGAGUUCUCUUACCUUUUGUAGAAUUUAAGAGACACAUAGACCCUUGAAUACUCUUUUCAGAAGUUUUGUUUAUGAACAUUGUACAGCACUACAGAAUAUGCUGGCGCUAUAUAAAUAAUAACAUGGGAGGCAAUAAAGAUGUGAUACUUCUAAAAUAGUCAGGAGCUAGAGGUGACAUUUAUUAGGAGAUUUGCUGCUACUAGUCUGUACGCUAUGUAUGCUCUGCACUCUCUUACAUUCCAAUUUCUGAAGACCAUUAAAAGCUCAUAUUUUAAUUUAUUUCCAUGUCUCCUGUUAAGAGCAUCUAUUAUGUUUUCAGUGGGUGUUACACAUUCAACUUAUCUGUUCUCUCUCCAUUCUCAGAUUGCAAUAAACAACUCUGCCUCUUUCUCUCUGUGCUACCAUUGCUCUCACACAGAGUCUGCUUCUCUUUCCCCUAGCAAACAUUGCUAUCCCUUGGGAUGAAGGCAAGCAGGAGAUCAGGUUUCACUGAAAACCAACAUGCAGAGCACAGCCUUCUUAUCUCUGUGCCAAUUGGCACUGACUGAAUUGAAUGACAGGAGGGGAAAAGGAUGUUUUUUUUUUAAAAAAACAUUUCUGAAUUUAGAGAUAUCUGGACACUUGCGUGCAAUUCUGCUAACAAGAUGUAGAGAUUAAAUGUGAUUCUCGAUCAUGUAAGAUAAAGCUAUGUUUACCAUGACAGAAACCCUUUAAAACAGUGGCAAUAACUGCAAUUUAUCGUUACACUGUGGAGCUAACCUGACCUAGCUAAUAGACAAAUUAGCCAUCACUAUUCUACAAUUAGGAUGUUUAGUAUAGCAAUAGCUACUGAUUACUCCUCUAACAUUAUGAACAACAAGAGGACAUGGUCGUAGACGAAUACUGACGUCAGCCUAUAUAUGAGGGUGAUAUAUUAAAGGACCACUAUAGGCACCCAGACCACUUCAGCUUAAUGAAGUGGUCUGGGUGCUUGGUCCAGCUAGGAUUAACCCUUUUUUUUUUAUUAUUAUAAACAUAGCAGUUUCUGAGAAACUGCUAUGUUUACACUGAGGGUUAAUCCAGCCUCUAAAGCCUCUAGUGGCUGUUUCAUUGACAGCCGCUAGAGGCGCUUGCGUGCUUCUCACUGUGAAAAUCACAGUGAGAAGACGCCAGCGUCCAUAGGAAAGCAUUGUGAAUGCUUUCCUGUGAGACUGGCUGAAUGCGCGCGCGGCUCCUGCCGCGCAUGCGCAUUCAGCCGAUGACGUAGCUAGGAAGAAGGAGAGGAGGAGGAAAGCCCCCCUGCCCGGCGCUGGAGAAAGGUAAGAUUUUAACCCCUUCCUCUCCCCAGAGCCCGGCGGGAGGUGGACCCUGAGGGUGGGGGCACCCUAAGGGCACUGUAGUGCCAGGAAAACGAGUGUGUUUUCCUGGCACUAUAGUGGUCCUUUAAGCAAUGGUAGGUCAGUAUGUUGUUAUUAUUGGCAUGUUAAAAACGAUGCUAAUUUUUGUGAUAUUGAGCGACAGAAGACCAUGGAACCAUGUACACAUGCAAGCCUAUUUUACACUGCUGUCAGUAAUUUCUUUACACAUGAAUAAUGUAGGUCAUGGGAAUGCAGUACUUUUUAAUAAAACAGCCUGAGCUUACAGCUUGAAGAAUAGAGGCUUGUUCUGAAAUAUUUCUUUACCAUGAGUUUCUCUCAAUGCUUUGUGCUGAUGUGUAUAUAUAAAUAUGGAUGUCUUUGUGUAUGCACAAAGAGGUGCAGGACUCAAAUCUAAAUUCUUAAGCCCCUGUCCAGGCCUUCGUCACCAUGUCACCAGCCCAAUUUUAUACUAGGGUUUCAUUUCCAUUUGCUGUGCUGAUCCCUGCAUGUAAGGAGAUACUUUACCCCUUAUGUAACAUUUAUGUCACUGAUCCCAUCUCCUUCACCGUGGUGAGGGGGAUAAUGAGCUUCUUGAGCAAGUAAAUAGAGGCCACAGCUGCAUGUUCACAUUGUAUUGUAUAGUUUGUUAUACUAUGGUGGGAUAUAAUUUGCUUGCUCUCUCUUCUACAGUUUAAAACGCAGAAGCUGUACUUGGAGCUCAAUAAAUAUGCAACAGGAAGCCAUGAACUUCUCAGGGUUCCGACAGAAAUGUACUAUAUCCCUCUAAAAGUAGCACUCUUGUAAGUAUAUUUUAUCUAACGACUGGAUUUUAAGUGGUCACUGCUUCUUUAAUCCGCUUCAUAUGCUGGCUCCUUAAAAGAACACUAUAGUCACCAAAACAACUUUAGCUUAAUAAAGCGGUUUUAGUGUAUAGAUGAUGCCCCUGCACUCUCACUGUUCAAUUCUGUCACUUACUAGUUAAAUUACUUUUGUUUAUGCAGCCCUGGUCACACCUCCUUGCAUGUGACUUUCACAGCCUUCCCAAACACUGUUUAGUUUAGAAUGUCUUAUCUCUUGCUCUGUUAAUUGCUUGCUAGACCCUGCAGGAGCCCCUUGUAUGUAAUUAAAGUUCAACUUGCAAAGCAGGAGAUAAAAACUUUUAAAGGAGGUUACAUCUGAUUGACAGUGAAACCAUUUUUUUCAUGCAGGCUGUGUCAGUCACCGCCAGGGGAGGUGUGUCUAGGGCUGCAUAAACAUACAAAAGUGAUUUAACUCCUAAGUGACAGAGAAUUGAGCAGUAAGAUUGUAGGUGCAUGAUCUAUACACUAAAACGGCUUAAUUAAGCUAAAGUUAUUUUGGUGACUAAAGUGUCCCUCUAAUCCAGUUAUUAUUAUUAUUAUUAUUAUUAUUAUUAUUAUGAUGAUGAUGAUGAUGAUGAUAUUUAUAGAGCACUGUCAAAUUCCGCAGCGCUUUACAAUGGGUGGACGAACAGACAUGUAGUUGUAACCAGACAAGUUGGACACACAGGAACAGAGGGGUUGUGGGCCCUGCUCAAUGAGCUUACAUGCUAGAGGGAGUGGGGUAAAAUGACACAAAAAGGUAAGGAUAGUAUUAGACUAGUGACAAUUGCAGAAGAGGAAUCAGUCAGGAGCUAUUAACAGUUUAAUUGAUACGCUUUUAUGAAGAAGUGGGUUUUUAACGAUUUUUUGAAGGAGUGGAGACUGGGUGAGCAUCUAACGGAGGAGGGAAGCGAGUUCCACAGGAACGGUGCAGCCCUCGAGAAAUCUUGAAGGCGAGCAUCAGAGGUGGGAGUACGGACAGAAGAUAGACGUAAGUCUUUAGCAGAUCGUAAGGGCCUAGACGGAACAUACUUGUGUAUAAGGGAGGAUAGAUAGGUGGGAGCAGCAUUAUGUUAUAGUAUAGUAUAGUAUAGUAAUAUUAGAGAUUUGAAAGCAAGAACCAGAAUUUUAAAUUGAGCUCUAUAUUUUAUAGGAAGCCAAUGUAGGGACUGACAGAAGGGUUAGGCAUGGGAGGUGCGGGCGGACAGGAAGAUGAGCCUCGCCGCCGCAUUCAUUAUGGACUGUAACGGUGCAAGUUGGGAGCCUGUAAGACCACUGAGAAGCGGAUUACAGUAGUCAAGGUGAGAAAGGACAGUGGAAUGGACCAACACCUUGGUCGCAUCUGGCGUUAAGUAGGGGCGGAUGCGCGCAAUGUUUUUGAGAUGGAAAUGACAGGAUUUGGCGAUAGAUUGAAGGAGAGGUCGGAGUCAAAGAGAACACCUAGGCAGCGAGCCUUCGUGGUGGAGUUGAUGGUAGCACCGUUGACUUGGAGGGAGACACACAGGAGUAACAACACUUGAGGGAGGAAAGACCAGAAUUUCAGUUUUGGUCAAGUUUAGUUUAAGGAAGUGGGCAGCCAUCCAGUUAGAAACAGCAGAGAGGCAGUCAGAGACUCUAGUCAAGAGGGACGGGUAACCUUUGGCAUCGCAGGUAUUUCAGACUAUGAUAUCAUAUGAUGACCACAGAGUCCAAGACAUUAUGGUGGUAAAAUGUGUUCUGAUUCCACUGUUUGUCACUUUCCAGUUACUUGUUGAAUCCUUAUACAGUUCUAUCCUGUGUGGCCAAAUCCACGUGUGCCAUUAACAAUGCAAUCAUUGCUAUGUUUGUCCUGGCUACUGUCAAAGGUAAGUGGUUGUCUUUUUCCUUUUUGUUAUGCAAGUUAUAUAUAAUAUUUAUUUACAUACUAACGCUGUUUACAUCAGAUUUUCAUAUGCAUAACAUAAUGUAUGUAAAAAAAUAAAUAAAAAGCUGAUUUAAAGAGUGUUAGUAGACCUAAAGGGACACUAUAGGCACUCAGACCACUUCAGCUCAUUGAAGUGUUCUGGACACAAUGGUAAUUUUAUUGCAGUUUUGAAUAAACUGCAAUAAUUACCUGCCAGGGUUAAUUCAACCUCGAGCGGCUGUCUUUAUUAUAUACACACUGCAUUCAUUAUAUACACACUACACAAACACUCACUGCAUUCACUAUACAUGCACUACACAAGCACUCACUGCAUUCACUAUACACAAGCACUCACUGCAUUCACUAUACACAAGCACUCACUGCAUUCACUAUACACAAGCACUCACUGCAUUCACUAUACACACACUACACAAGCACUCACUGCAUUCACUAUGCACUCACUGCAUUCACUAUGCACUCACUGCAUUCACUAUGCAUUCACUAUGCACUCACUGCAUUCACUAUGCACUCACUGCAUUCACUAUGCACUCACUCUGCAUCCACUACACAAACACACACUCUUGAAAACCGAAAAAAUUCUGACUGGCAUGUAUAUUUUGUGCAUUUACCUUUAAUAAAAAAAAAAAAAAAUUAGCAAAAAAAAAUAAUACACAUGUUCAUUUAACAGUAGAUUUGUGUAGAAAUAGUUUAUUUUUUCAAAAUGGUAAAUAUACAGAAUAUCAGUAUUGGUAAGUUAUAGGCUAUCGGCCUGAAAGUUCACAGAUUAUUGGUAUCUGCUCUAAAAAAGAAAAAUCAAUAUUGGUCGAUCCCUAGUGUUAAUGGAGGAAAGAAGUGGUAAAAUAAAUACCAGUGCUACCUUUAUUUUCUCUACAUUGAACUGCAUCUACUGUCAGUAGGUCGAGUUUUUCUUUAUGUGAAAUAGUUCAAUGUACUUGGAUACAUGCUCACUCUGCCUUUUUUCCUCAGGUAGCCCACUGUUAAGUGCUGUGUUCCUUGCUUUGGCAACCUACCAGUCUCUGUACCCGAUCACCUUAUUCACGCCGGCUCUCCUCUACUUGCUUCAGGUAUCUAAUUACUAAAAUCACUUGCAGGGGAAUCUCAUAGGAAGGAUCAAUAUUUCAUACUGAAACAUACAAGAGUCUCAUGGUAAUUGGAAGUUGCAUGUUGAACACUUUUAUAGCAAUGGCUACCAAAUCCAUACUCGAGAACCAAAAAUGGUGCAGCGUUUCAUUCUAGCACUUUGCUAAUAUAGUUAAAAGUCUAUAUUAACCAAAAGCACAAAUAUUGCAAUCUGAUGUCCUUAAUAAAAAAAAUAUGCGUUUUUAUUCUACUUCAAAAGCAAACAAUAAUAUACUUAACAGACAAUGUUUCUUAACGACGUUACAGAGAGUGAGAGAUUUUUUUAAGUAGUAGUCUUUGUAUCAGGAACACAUCACCGGGGAAGAGCAGGAGAAGAAGAGAACGUGGUCCUUUGUCCCCUGUUCUUUAUAGGCAAAAUUACAUCAUACUCUGGUCAUUUAAGGGACACAACCCUCAAUCUCCCUAUACAGCCCAUUCCAGAGUCCUCAUGGUACAGAAUAGCAACACAUUAACCCAUUAGACAUCCAUACCCGAAUAUGUAUUAAAAAAAGAAAAAUAUAAUAUUGUACAGAGGUAUAAUUGGAAGCAAGGUGUGUGCUGGUUUGCAGAAGGGAAGGUCAGACUUCGUAAGGUAGAAAUGGUACCAGUAAUGGCCUCCGAGUUGUAGUUUGGAAGCAGUCUUAAAUGCACCAUUGUGUUUUAUAAACAGACUUAUGGAUAGAAUGUUAAACGGUAACUUCUUUCAAUUAACAUGUUUUAAUCUGUCUCUUGCUUUCAGAGGGAAUUUAUCCCAGUGAAGCUGAAAAGUGCUGGAUUCUGGCUUUUCUCCUGUCAAUAUGCCUCCCUGUACAUAGGCUCUCUGUUCAUCUUGAUUUGUCAUUCGUUCUUCCUGCUAAACUCCUGGGAUUUUAUUCACUCUAUAUAUGGCUUCAUGUAAGUCUAAUGUUCUGUCUGGCAAAGAUCCAUAGGAAUCCCGUCUCUUGAGUGGGCCACCGUUAUGAUCAAUAAAACAUUACAGUAUUAGGCGCCAGUUAUUGGGCUCCCUACCACUUUUACACUGUGAUUUGAAAAUAACUUUUCCCCAUUGUUUGCCUGCAGCCUGCUGAAAUCCAUUGUUUUUUUGUUUUGUUUUUAUGGUUCCAAGGGCUAUUUUCUGUUGCUAAUUUCCUGUUUGUAAUCAUCCAGUGCAUGUCCCAGACAAUCUUCAUUGUCUGUACUUUACCCAGCCAAAUUAAGUUUUUUUUAAUUUUUUUUUUUUUAAACUCUUUAUUGUAUUUGCUUAUAUUACAUGACAUCACAUUUAUCGUAUUAUAGAGCAAUAGUUCCCAAACUUUUUUGACCAAGGAACAGUUAAGUUAUGGAAAAUGUUUCAAAGCAUGUCUACAUUUUUUUUGUAAAAAGAUUUUUUUUCUUCUUUUUAAAUGAUCACUACACGCACCAUGACUGACGCUCUGAGCCAAUCACUAGGUCCCAAUUGAAAUGGGGUGCUAGUGACAGACUGAGAGUGUUACGUGAAGCUCUGUCUGUCAGUGGUGCCAAGUCUGAGGCUUUUUUAAUUGAAGCCAUGGACCAUCAGAGGAAAUUGCUGGGUGGUGUGAAUGGAUGCCUUAACGUAAAAUGAUUCCUGAAACCUUGUGGCAUCAUAACUGUUUAUUGCGAUAAAGUUAUGGUAUAACUUUUAAAAUUCACCAGUACUUUAUAAAUAACAUAUUAACGUGAACUUGCUUGAGAAUUAUGCUCAUAUUGACUUAUUAGUUUUAACACGCACACCCACGCACAAAAAUAUUUUUUUUCAAAAAAUGAUGUAUUCAAACUAUUACAGCCGUGAAGUCUGUUUAUUCAUGGCACACUUUGAGGUGGCUAGGAGUAAACCUGUGUGUUACUAUAGGGUUUGUUCACAAAAUACUGAGUUGUGAAAAGCAACAUUAGGUCAAAGUAGUUGAAUUGGAGUGGAUUUCUAACACCAAAGAAGUAGGCAAUUAAAUAUAUUGUGUCUUGCUAUUCUGCCUAACUGCUUUGAAUACAUCUCUGGUCAUUUAAUCACAGCCACAAAAUAUUUUUUUUUUUAUGGAUAUCUUAUAUAUAUGAUAUAUGACUGUAUUUAGCAAUUACGGACUGCUUUCCUAUUUAAUUAUGGCAUUCGUUUGCACUGUUAAAAUGUCUGUAAUAUGUUUACUAAAUUGGGAACUGCUGGUGUAUUUUUCUGUUGCAUUUGUCCUUUGACAAAUCCCCCAAUAUUGCCAACAUGUCGUCAUCUGAAAAAUAGGGCAUAGUUUUAAAGUAAUAUUAAAGGGACACUAUAUAGUCACUAAAACAACUUUAGCUUAAUGAAGCUGUUGUGUAUAGAUCAUUCCUCUGAAGUCUCACUGCUCAAUUCUCUGCCAAUCAGGAGUUAAAUCACUUUUGUUUGUUUGUUUAUGCAGCCCUAGCCACACCGCCCCUGUCUGUGACUCACACAGCCUGCGUGAAAGCAAAAUGGUUUUACUUUCUAUCAGGUGUAACUUUAAAAGUUUUUAUCUUCGGCGCUGUGAAUUGAACUUUACUCACACACAGGAGGCUCCUGUAGGAUCUAGCAAGCUAUUAACGAAGCAGGAAAUAAGAAAUUCUAAAUUAAACAGAAUUUAUAAUAAAGGAAGUGUAAACAUUAGAUGGCUCUUUACAGGAAGUGUUUAGGAACGCUGUUUAAGUCACGUGCUGGGAGGUGUGACCAGGGUGCAUAAACAAAGUGAUUUAACUCCUAAUGAUCUAUGGCAUGAUCUAUACACCAAAACUGCUUCAUUGUGAUGAAGUUGGUUCAGUGACUAAUGUCCAUUGGUUUCCAUGGUAAUUGCUCUAAUUCUAGAAGUUUUGAACCAUUUCUUUGGUUACAAAACUUUGAUAAAUUUGUCCCAUAGUUUUAGCUGACAAUAGAAUUCCACAACAUGCUCUUUUGGUUUCUUGACAUCAAGUUCCUACUCUGGCCUCUGCCUUAUUUACUAUCUUUACAUCUUUCUGUUUUUCAGAUUUUCGGUCUAUAUAGAAAUAAGGAGGAUCACACUUUAUUUACAAAAAAAAUCUUUAUUACAAACAUACUAAAAUACCUAUCAAAAUACAUACAUAAUGGAUACAAAAGAAUAUAAAGUGAAAACACCAUAUAUACCAUAAAAUAGCAAUUUAUGUAUAUCCAACCAAAUCUUAAAGGGACAUUCCAGACCACUUCUGCCCAACUCCUACUACUCUUAACCCUGCAAGUGUAAUUAUUGCAGUUUUUUAUAAACUGCAAUAAUUACUUUGCAGGGUUAACUCCACCUCUAGUGGCUGUCUAUUAGACAGCCACUAGAGGGCACUUCCUGGUUCCUAGGAAACCUGUGCUAGAGCGUCACUGGACGUCCUCGCGCUGUGUGAGGACCUCCAGCGUCGCUCAUUUCCCCAUAGGAAAACAUUGAAAUGCAUUUUCAAUGCUUUCCUAUGGGGAGCACUAAUGCGCAUGCGCGGCAUUGCCGCGCAUGCGCAUUAGGUCUCUCCGGCCGGUGGGCGGGAUCAGUCUCUCCCACCGGCCGACUCAGUCAGAAAGAGGAGCGCAAAGGAAGAAGCAGCGACGAGGGACAUCGUUGCUGCCUCAGGUAAGUUACUGAAGGGGUUUUCACCCCUUCAGCAACUGGGGAUUUUGGGGUGGGAGGGAGAGGGAACCUGCAGUGCCAGGAAAACGGAAUUGUUUUCCUGGCACUGGAGUUUCCCUUUAAAGGUAUCCUAUAGUGCCAGGAAAACAGCCGUUUUCCUGGCAAUAUAGGGUAAAUGGCUCCCCCCAUACCCCCCCCCGUUAGACAGCCACAGAGGGCAGACUUAGAGCUGCAAUGUAAACAUUGGAGUUUCUCUGUAACUGCAUUGUUUUACAAUGCAGCACUAAGUGCAAAAGGGUCACAGCACCCAGACUACCUCAAUUAGCAGAAGUGGUCUGAGUGCCUACAGUGUCCAUUUAAAGACCUAGGUGUCAGAGUUUGGAUUCAGAGUCUUUAAGGUAUGGCUGGAUAUACUUUUAUUGCUAUUUUCGUGUGUGUGUGUAUUGUGUUUUCACUUUUUUUUUUCUUUUGUAUAUAUUUGUUUGACAUAUCUUUUGAUAUGUUUGUUAUAAAGAUUUAUUUUUUAUAUAGUUUGUGCUCCUUGUUUCUAUAUAGACCAAUGUAUCAACAUCUUGUGAGAGAACACCGUUCUUUUGGUUUAUCUGUUUAUUAUUUUAGUGCAUUUACUGUAGUAUUGACUGUUUACGCACAAUGUGCCCCGAUACUAAUCCCUUUUAUUGAUUCUUUUUCAGACUUUCGGUCCCAGAUUUGACUCCAAACAUUGGUCUGUUUUGGUAUUUCUUCGCUGAGAUGUUUGAACACUUCAGUCUGUUCUUCGUCUGCGUCUUUCAGAUCAACGUUUUUUUCUAUACCGUGCCUCUCACCAUCAAGCUUAAGUAUGUAAUGUGUAACGACAUUCACGUUGUGAAUUGAAAUGGCUGUUACCCCAGUGUUGUUGUGUGUACAAUAUUAAUUCACAAACACCUGCACAAAUAACUCAGCAGGCAUGUACAGCCUGUCACAUUAUGGCUCUGUCACUGGUUAAUCACAAGAGCGGACGAAUGCAUCCUAACCACUAUUUCUGAAGUUUCUAUAACAGGAACUCCUAACAUGCUCAGAUAAAGUUGCUGGCAUGUUUGAAAUUGUCUCUUAAUUGACUGACACUCUAGGUAAGAUUUGCCUGUCAAAAGCUUUACUUUACUGGGUAACACUUUUUCUGCAGACCUGAUGUAAGGAUCCAUUGCUAGCCAGCUGGCUUUUAAAAACAUUCUGGUUGACUUAAUUAUUUAUAGCAGUGUUCUCCAACCCAGUCCUCCUGGACCACCAACAGUCCAGGUUUUGUCAGUAUCUCUAUUGGAAUAAAACAGGGAAAUAUAUAAAUCCAGGACUGUUGGUGGUCCAUGUGGACUGUGUUGGGGACCACUGGUUUAUAGCAUAUGUACAUGAUGUUUGUAAAGGUGUUUUUUUUAUUAUUAUUUUUAUUUAUUUUUAUAUUAAGGAUUAAAGGGUUACUCCAAGCACUACAACCACAUUAGUGAUUUGCAAUGGUCAGGGUGCCUGGGGUCUGUAUGUGCAGAUUUUUACUAUGGAAUUUAAGUCUAAUUCUGCUGUAGGGGUAAAGUGUUCCGUGGCUGGCUAAUGUCAGUUCUGUGCAUAUUCCUGUCAGCUGACACUCAACCAAUGAUUGGCUGGGGGAAUCUAUUUGUGACUUCUGCAGCGCUGCUAAAUCUGUAUGUUGUCACUGGCCACUGGUGGACCCUGGGAGCCUGUCGGCUGUUGCAAAAAGGUUUGCAACCAGGGAUGAGCUAUUUCUAGCGUCAUAACCACUACUGUAUGCUGUAAAUAAAUACUCAAAUAAUAAAUACAAUUUUAAAAAAAUAAACCGCUGCCUUUUUAUCUUAUUGCAGGGAACAUCCCUUUUUCCUGUUGUUUAUCCAGCUAGCGAUCAUCUCCAUCUUUAAGUCUUAUCCCACAGUGGGUGACGUGGCUUUAUACAUGGCCUUCCUACCCGUAUGGUCUCACCUCUCUCGAUGUAAGUUUGUACUUUGUGGAAUAAUUAAAGUCCAGAGUCUGAAUACACCAUGCCUAUUUAGCCAUAGCUUCAUUUGUGUCUCGAUAUGCAUAUUAAUUACACUAUAUAAUUUAUUUAUGCAUUAUUUUUUUUCAGUCCUUCGAAACCUCUUCUUUGUAUCCUGCAUGCUGAUAGUGUGUUCGCUGCUUUUCCCUGUCCUAUGGCACUUGUGGAUAUAUGCAGGUAGUGCCAAUUCCAACUUCUACUAUGCCAUCACGCUAUCAUUCAACGUAGGGCAGGUGAGUCUCUUGAAGGGAAUCCGUAAGGUUUCUUUAUAUAAUCUGUCAAGACAAUGUCUUCUUCUUUGAGCCAACAUUGUAUUCCUUAAAACUCUGUGCAAAACGACUGUGAUUCGCGAGCAAUGGGAUCAUUUUAUGGGAAUGAAUAAGUGUGUAAAUUCACCACCUACAGUACCGGUGAAAGCUUGAAGCAGUGUUUUUAUUUUUUUUAUUUUUUUUUGUAAUUUAUUUAUUUGAAUUUGAUUAGGUGUGAUGAGUAAAAAUGUCAAAAAUACUUUUCAUUCCUAAAGAACUUUAAGGAAUUAAACACCAACUUUGCAAGCGGAAAUAGUGUAAAUUAAGAACUCUGUGAUUUUUUUUGAUUUUUUUUUUAUUUAUUUUUUUGCAGAUUCUUCUGGUGUCAGACUAUUUUUAUGCAUUUUUAAGAAGAGAGUAUCACCUUCAACAUGGUCUCUAUAUAAUGAAAAAGGAUGGAACUGAAGCCACUUUGAUUUUGAAAUAAACAGUUGGAAGACACUAGGAAGCCGGUAUGAAUCAAGGGACAUUAUGAUAUGAUGGGGGCAGGAUCCCCCCAUGCUAUGCAGGGAGACCAUUAAGUGUCACGUGAAGCUUGUCCAUACAUGGUACCUAAAAGGAGAUUUACAUCUGAAGAUGACUGUGUUUUGUCACUUUUUUUUCAUAAUCGAAGAUUUUCAAACCGCAAAGUAAACCUGGGAUUGUUUUUGCCUUUCUUCUACCAACUCACACAGUAUUAACCUCUGCCGAGGGUGGUAUAUUAUUUGGGAAAGUCUGUGAUAGAUGGGGAUUUAUGGAAAUGAAUUUCAAGGUGGCACUCGUUGCUGUGAUGAUUUUGGUUCAGGACUUCCUAUUACAGUCCAGCAAUAGGCAGUUUUGUUCCGUGCCCUGUAAAUCGAGACUGCAAAAAAUUGUACUGUUCAUACAGCUGAGAGGUAAUGACUGUCCCAGUAAAUUUCUGCGUUCGUGGCUGGAUGGGGAAUGGUUUAUUUUAGUUGUUUUAGCCUAUUUUAUUACUAUUCUCAUGCAUGGCUUUUUUUUUUUUUUUUUAAGCAUCUUUAGGUGAAAGGGUAUUUUAACCCCACUGGAGGUGAGCCUGCCCUAAUUCUUAAUGUUAUAGGGACGGUAUGGGAUGUGGUAAUUUAUAACCAACUUGCAUGUAAGAACAGGAUGGAUGUGGCAAGUUCACUUGCUAUUGCCUACUUCUUAGAAUGUUUGUGUGUUUACCUGAAGUGCUCAGCUUUCUGUCUGCCUCUGUUCUGGGACGGACACUUAUUCUCUGAUACCAGUUGGAGAAUCGCAGUUUGGUCUCUUAUGGCCUUAAUAUUGUAGCACUCCAUUUCAGAAUGAUUACCUUUACUGUAAAAUCAACGUGUACCGCUCGAUGGAACACUUCCUGUGGCAGAAACUUCAUAUGUUCACAUUUUAGCAUAGUGAAACUUGUCAACAAAAUCUAGCUUUUAUAUGGUUUUUUGUUUUGUUUUGUUUUUAACGAUAGUGUCAGAUUUUACAUGGAUUGCUAUUGUAAGGAAUAGAGAAAUUCAUCUUACAACCCUCUUUUCCCUGAAGGUCCAAUAAUGUAUUGUCUAAAUAUUAGCUCUUUGAGUGCAAGAUCUCCUUUUUUUUUUUUCCCCCACACACAGUGUGGACAUUCGCUGUUGGCUAAAUUCAAACUGACCUCCCUAGUCAAAUUAUAAAUCACAGUCCGCCAAAUAAUAUCCGGCUAUUACAGUCUCAUAGUAACGCAUAAACUAUUUUAAUAGUAAAGUAGUCCUUCUGUAUAAACAACCAUACCAUUUAAAUAAAAAAGACACAUCUGUAAAAAUAUGAAGCCACAAUUUUAUAGCCCUAUCAGGCUAAAACGAUAAAUUAGACACUCUGCAUGGUUAUUCAUGAAAAAUUUAAUUUACAUUUUUUUAUUUUUUUUUUAGGCAACAAAACCAAAGUGGAAAAAUUCUCAAAGUCAGAUUUGUAUUUACUUUAACCAUUUUGGUCUAAUAUUUGCCUUAAUUUCUAGUGUGCCUAUGAACGCUAUCAAGAUGUGUUGGGUUGAAGAAUUAAUGUCAGUCGGUUGUGCGUGUGUGUGCCCUCUAAUUAUAUAAGCCACACACGGCACAGAUCAGGGCACAUGAUUUGCAGCACUCCAGUGUUGUCCCAGAGCAGAUUAACAAGCUUUAGUUUGAGGCCCCACGAAAAAAACCAAACUUUUCUCCCCAUUUUUCGAUUGGAAUAAAUCUCCGGAGAUGCUGUCUUUCUUUUCAUAUUGCAUUCUGACCAGUAACUGGCUAUACGUUUUACUUUGUGUUCUAGAGCCAAGUAGAAGUCAGGUUUCUCAACAAGUAGCAGGAAGAUGAUGCACUAAAAUCUCUAUUCUCUUUUAAUAGAAGUAAAUGUUUAUCUUUGAGCAGCGCUUUACAAUUUGCCUUCUGCUCUGUGUGCUUUAGCAGCACAUAUGUUUGUGAACUAUGUUUUCACUGAGAUGUGCAAUAUGCAUUGAGCAUAUAAAUAAUGGUCUAAGAUCUGGUAUGAAGAUAAAAAUGGUCUAAUGUAGAGCAUGUUAUGUUUUGGCUAACCUAAUCAAAUUAUUUACAAAAACUGGGUUACAUGGUGGUGCAUUUUUAUUUAUUUUUUGUGUGUGUUCUACUGUAAAGUUAUUGCAAAGAUAAAGAAAAUUCAACUUUAUCUUAUGGCCCUUCUUUCUGAAAGGCGUACAAAGCCAUGUCAGAAUGCCGAUUAGCUUCCAGUUCAUAAGCACUCUUUUGCUUACUGUUUGGGUUUUAGCAACUGAAUCUGGUAUUGGGAGAACUGACAAGAAAACUGCAUAUUGUAGGUCACAGGAGAGAUUGAAAGAUUUCCCCAGCUAAGCAUUUUUUUCCCAAUACCUUUCUCAUUUCUCUGUACCGCAAAGUUUAGUGAAGUGACCCAGGAAUAUGUAACUUGACUUGUUAUCUCUGCAAUUAAGCUGCAGGUCAAGGAAAGCCAAUUCACUGUGACAUUACUAUCAGGAAGAGAUGGCAAUAAAAACAAUUAAAGGUUGACUAGUACACUAAUUUAAAUUCAAAAUAGGACACCUAUUUGAACAAAGCAGAAUAUCUCAGGCAAGCCCUGAACGGAGUCUAAGGGUUGCUUAAAAUGCUUGCCACUUAAAAAAAUGGUAAUCUCUAGCAUUUAAAGGUACUCUACCAUAAAAUAUAUAUUUUAGCUUUUCAUGCAGUUGGCUAUUUGCAAAUGUCCUGUUUUUUUGUUGUUCUAUUAAUUGGAAUCUAAAUUUCAUUGUGCUUGUUUGCAAUUUUGUCUGUUCAGCUCCUCUGGAUAAAUCCCCUACACUUAUAGUCCUGAUAGCACAGCCAAAGCUACUGAUCAUGAAUUACUCCCUUAAAUUGGGCAGACCUUAGAUCCUGUAGAUUUAAAUUGCCUUUGGGCCAGACCCAGUAAAUGAAAGUGUUAAGUAAUAUUUAAAAAAAAAAAAAAAUUUUGACUGAGCUCUCAGGUUAGAUAGCCUUGAUUGAUUUGUUUGCUUGAUCGCUAAACAAAAUGAGUCCAUACAAACGACAAUUCCAUAUUUAUACGGCUUCAAGAUAAUCUAUGUCUGCUAAAUUAAGAACUGGCGCUGCCACAAGGUACAGAAUACAAAUAUAGUUUUCGAGAUAAAUUUUGAAAUUAAUAUCAUUUUAGUUCAGUUCCAAACAACUUUGAUUUUGUAUGUUCUAUUUAUUUUGGGGGAUUUGUGACCUUAAUAAAUGAGGCCUCAUUGAAUAAUAUGGUAUUGUAGUGUUAUUAAAUUGCAAGUGACUUUCUAGAUAUUUGGUGUUUUGUUUUUUUUAACGCACCUUUUGUAUAGCACCACUGUCCCUUUUCUCUUACACGUUACACAUUAACCCCUUCAUGUCAUGACUUGUGCGUAGACGAGUUGCAUAACUUCAAAGUAAACACAUUUUGUUUCAGAUUAUGCCACGAUUACAGUGUAGGAGCAUUAGAAGCCACACUGCUGUGAGACUCUGAAUGCUGAAUACAGAGAUUAUGUCUCUAUAUACAGUGUUGUGCUGGCUAACCUGACAAUUAUUUAAACUUUUCCCCUUGUUUUAUAUCUCUGUCUCUGACUCUCUGCAAUGUACUUGCCUCGCAGUUUACUCACUUUAUGGCCCCCUUCUUUUCAUGUCUGCUCCAUCAACGCAGAGGAGUGUGUUUCUGGGUUUGUCAUGUCUAUAGUGUUUGUUAAUGAGUGC